AUGGACAACGUUAUCUUUGCAAGGUUCAAUGACACCGAUCACGCUAAGGUUGCCUUUGACUCAUUUAACGAAAUCUACAACGAGUUUUCGCGGUCAGAUGACGAAAUUGGAGUCUACGUAGAAGACGACGACAUGCCUCACACACUUGGUGGUGUUCCUACAACGGGCGUGAUUUUUUUGGUCAUCGCCUUGUCAGGCAUAAUCGGAGCGUGUGUAUUCUGUUGCAACUAUUACCACGAGAAGACGGGAUCAUGCUGCCCUGGGGCGCGAACAUCGGAGACUGAGCAAGAAGAGGAAGAACCUCUCCGAACCAGUCAAGACAUUGAACGAGGAUUGAAGCUCAAGCAAUGGGACGCCGUUCGGGAAUCUUAUGAAGACGAUGAAACUCGCGCAAGUGACACCUCUGAAGAUAAUGAGGAGCCGAACGAAGUUUCCAGUGCCGGCAGCGUAACAGAAGACGAGAGUGAUACUGGCAGCAUGAGCGAUGCAAACACUGUGAAUGGCAGCAUCCUGAUGCAAAGCCCUGACUUUAAGCAACUGCAGAAGAAGCCUCGGUGUGUUUUGUGCUCAAAGUUCUUUGAUGACACCGACAUCGUCACCGAGUCUUGGGAGCCCAGUUGCAGCCAUAAUUUCCACAAAGAGUGCAUCGUAAAAUGGCUGCAAAAGAAAGAUGGGUGCCCUGUUUGCAAGAAGGAAUAUAUUGUCGGAAUUUCCCUUGGCGAAGAACAGAUUCCAUGA